AUGGCGGCCAGUUCCACAUUCCCCCUUUACGGAUGGAGCAUUGCCACUGUAUCGGUUUUGAGUUACCAAAGUGUCAAACUCGUAUACUGUAACCUCAAUAAUGUUUGUGACUACUGUCUGGCUGUAAGAAACUCGCCAUCAGCCCUUUUCGAAGACGUACCCGUUUUCGGUAAACAUAUCGAGUGCCAUGAUGUCAAGGAGUUUAAUCCUUUUGCUUAUAUCUCGGGUUCCACGGAUACCGGCUUUCUAUUCAUGGUACGCUAUAAUAUGGAGUACUACCCUGCACGAAGUAGUACUCCGUACUGGUACAGGAUCACAGACCAAGACGCCGUUGACUGUCAAAAAAAGGAAAAGGAAAAGGCACAUCCGAAGUGUCGGAAGCCGGAAGGUGGCUCCGUGCAAAGACCAAACAAACUAUUGACGGGUCUCCUUGGACUAUCUCCGGAAAAUGGAGCCCUGUGUGAUACUAUUCGUACUCGUACAAAGUAUGGAAUCACCUCUGUAAUCUGA